GUUAAUUAAAGCUGUCAAAGCUGUUUUUUAAGCUUUUGUGUCAGGCAGGCCAAGAAUGCUGCUUGAAGGUCAUUACCACGUGGCAUUCAAAAGAUCGGGAAGGAGAUCCAGGAUUAUGUCUCAAGGCUGAGCAGAGAAAGGGAUUGUCAGGAAAAGAAAGAACCUUUUCUCAGUCUUCUGUUGUCAGUCGGUAUCACAACAUGGAUUCAGUUCUUUUUGAUCCUAAAAUUCUUGAAAAUAUUGAUUUCCAGCCGGCGGAAUGUCAUUACAAUCCACCAAUCAAUGCAAUCAAUCCAGGAGAAGACUUGGUACUAAGGCCUCUCAGGAUAUCUGAUUAUGACAAUGGCUUUCUUGAAAAUCUGGAACAAUUGACGGAUGUUGGCAAAGUUUCAAAAGAAAUGUUCGAAGAUUCCUUCAAGAGAAUGAAAAGCAGUGAUGGACUAUACUAUGUUAUCGUAAUAGAAAAUCUCGUGAGUGAAAGAGUUAUUGCAUCAGCGACUUUACUUAUCGAACAAAAGUUCAUCCAUGCCUGUGGUCUGAGAGGAAGGAUAGAAGAUGUAGUUGUAAAUUCAAGUUACAGAGGGAGGCAACUCGGAAAAUUAUUGAUUGAUGCAUUGGCUCUGUUAUCAAAACAACUCGGCUGCUAUAAAGUAACUCUUGACUGUCGGGACGAGAAGAGAGGAUUUUAUGAAAGCCUUGGUUUUAAAAAGGAAGAUGGAAACUCUAAUUUUAUGCAGAUUAGAUUUCACUAAUGCAGUAUUAUUAUUAUUUUUUUAAAUAAAUGUUUAAAAAGCUUA